AUGGUGCGCAUCAGCGUCCUCCGAGACUGCCUGAACAACAUCGUGAAUGCCGAGAAGCGCGGCAAGCGUCAGGUUCUCAUCAGGCCGAACUCCAAGGUCAUCAUCAAGUUCUUGCAGGUGAUGCAGAAGCACGGUUACAUCGGCGAUCUCGAGAUCAUUGACGACCACCGCGCAGGAAAGGUUGUUGUGGAGCUCAUCGGCCGCCUGAACAAGUGCGGCGUGAUCUCCCCCCGCUUUGACGUCUCCGUGGAGGGGAUCGAGCAGCUCGCCAGCGAUCUGCUUCCGUCCCGACAGUUCGGCCACCUUGUUCUGUCG